AUGCACACAUCACGUCCUAUAUCAGUGACUGACCUUGAGGAAUUAGGUGACGCCAAGAAGGGUGCUACCCUCUUCAAGACCCGUUGCGCUCAGUGCCACACCGUCGAUGCCGACGGCGGCAACAAGAUCGGCCCUGCUCUUCACGGCCUUUGGGGCCGCAAGACUGGCUCCGUUGAGGGCUACUCCUACACCGACGCCAACAAGAAGAAGGGCAUCGAGUGGAACGACCAGACUCUGUUCGAGUACCUCGAGAACCCCAAGAAGUACAUUCCCGGCACCAAGAUGGCGUUUGGCGGUCUCAAGAAGGAGAAGGACCGCAACGACCUGAUUGCCUUCCUCAAGGACUCCACCAAAUAG